GAAGUGACGUAACGUCCGUUCGCUGAACUUCCGCCUUGCACAUGUGUUUACUGAAAAUGUGGUUAACUUUGCUCAAGAAAUAUUAGUAUUAACGCUGUAUACACGGUAACUGUUUGUGCGCCGGUUGAAACAUGGGGAAGCUGAACGUGGUGGUGUUGAGAUACUUGUCUCGAGAUGACUUCCGAGUCCUCACAGCGGUUGAAAUGGGGAUGAAAAACCAUGAGAUCGUCCCAGUGAGUCUCCUGUCAUCCAUCGCUAGCCUCAAACAUGGCGGCUGCAAUAAGAUUCUCAGAGAGCUUGUCAAGCACAAACUCGUAGUCUACGAACGCACCAAGACUGUGCAGGGCUACAGGUUGAACUACGGAGGAUAUGACUACCUUGCCCUGAAGACUUUGUGCUCCAGAGAAGUGAUCAUUUCAGUUGGCAACCAAAUGGGAGUGGGUAAAGAGUCAGACAUAUAUAUUGUGGCAAGUCCAAACGAAGAGCAGUAUGCUCUGAAGCUUCACAGAUUGGGUCGCACCUCCUUCAGGAACCUAAAGAACAAGAGGGAUUACCACAAACACAGGAAGAACGUGUCCUGGCUCUACCUCUCUCGCCUCUCUGCCAUGAAGGAGUUUGCCUACAUGAAGGCACUGUAUGAUCGAGGUUUUCCUGUUCCCAAACCUGUGGACUACAACAGACAUGCUGUAGUGAUGGAGCUCAUCAAUGGAUAUCCGCUGUGUCAGAUUCAUGAGCUCCAGGAUCCACCAGCCCUGUACAACGAGUUCAUGGAGCUCAUAGUCAAACUGGCCAAUCACGGCCUGAUUCAUGGAGACUUUAAUGAGUUUAACCUUAUGUUGGAUGACCAGGACCACAUAACUAUGAUCGACUUCCCUCAAAUGGUGUCCACAUCACAUCCUAAUGCUGAAUGGUAUUUUGACCGAGAUGUGAAAUGUAUCAGAGAUUUCUUUGCAAAAAGGUUCAAUUAUGAGAGCGAGCUCUUUCCAACAUUCAAAGACAUCAGGCGGUCUUAUUCUCUAGACAUUGAAGUCUCAGCUAGUGGGUUUACCAAGGAUCUGGAGAGAGAUGGUGCAUUGCUACACCCAGCAGGACCUGAGGGAGAGGAAGAUGAUGAAGAGGAGGACAAUGAUGAAGAGGCAACAGACGAGGAGGAAGAAAGAGAAGAGGACAGCGUGGACAUGGAGGAAUACAAACAUGCAAUGUUGGAACUGGAGGGUCUGAAAGUCAGUGACACACAUGCAGACAGACAAGAUGAGGAGGAGGAAAAGAGUGAAAAAACAGAAGAGCAGAAAGAGACUGAGACAGCACCUGCUGCUGGAAGUGAUGAAGAGACAGAGAAAGACUUAGAGGAGGAGUUGAAGGAGGCAGAGGAUGAGUGCCCAGAGCUGACAGACCUCUCUGCCGCCAACAAAGAGUUCAAACCCUUCAGAGAUUCAGACAGUCUUCUGCACAUGGCAGAACACAGGAGGAGGAGGACAGACAGUGAGGCCACAAUGGGCAGCAUAGGGAGCUGCUCUACCAUACCACCAGAGGUGAUCCGUCAGAAGGUGCGGAGGCAGCUCACCAAACAGCAGAAGGCAGCACAGAGGAGACGUCUGCAGAAGGGGGAGGCCAACUUGGUGACCAAAUCCAGGAGGGAGAACCAAAGCAACAUCAAGUCUAGUAUGGAGAGCGCCUCCUUCUGGGGAUAAAUGGCACUGCAGCGAUGGACACCAUGUGUCCAAAGAGUUGGUCACAUGGUGGUUGAUGGAAAAAUUCAUAAGACUUGUGCAACACCUCAACUGUUCUGUGCUGUCAUCAGCAAAAAUCAAAGAGAGGGAUGACAAGACUAUGAUCACGCUGAAAUGAAAACAAACAGCAUUUCUCUAGUGUGCUCUCCUACUCAGAAAAUCUCUUCACUAUCAAGUAUGAAGAUGGACUAUCAUUCCUCACAUACAGUCUAAUGUAAAUAUAAUGAAGCAGUUUGACAAUUAAACCCUUUACACAUUA